AUGGCGGCACCCGUCUUCUCUACACCUUUCCAGCCCUACGUCUACCAGGUGCCAACCUGAAACUCGCUUCAUUAACCCUUUGCGUUUUUUUUUCUUGGCCAUUUUCCUAUGACUUAGUUCCUAUGAUUUAGUUUCUCAUAAGAUGACUCCAUGUCUUGCUCGUCUGAGCAGUUGAUCGACAGACGCGGACUUUUACUAUGGGUAAAUAUGUUUUUUUUAUCCUUUCUCUUUCGUAGAUUUUUUGCCGAUAUAUUUAAUUAAGAAUUACCGUUGGAUUUCUCUCAAAUUUGGUGUUGAUCACAAGUCACACAACAUUUGAAGCAAUUGACUAGAGAAGCCCGAAUGGACGGACUAGGCUUUGUAUAAAGGGAAAGUCCGAGACUAAGCUGACUUUUAUGCUAAGGUUUCAGCUCUUGAUAAUUUCGGGUGCGCGAAUUUUAGUUAACUUCUCUACCGGAAUCCGAUGACGUUGUAGUUCGAAUAUAUAGCUUCCUCCUGUGACGUUACAUGGUUUUCAAUAGUUCGGAAGGAAAGGUCCUGGAGCAGAUUUCUGUUAUUUCCUUAAAUCUAUCUGUACUGUUGACUUAGACGAAAUGAUCUCACUGAUAAAUUUUGUGAUGCCUUUGAGGGCUACAAGGGAAAAAGAUGAGAAUUAGAGAGUGUCCGGGGGCCAUACAAGAGGGUAAAAUAAUGAAAUGAUUUUUCAUGGGCUUCUAUCUCCUGUUCUGGGUCUCUGUACGAAGGGAAACCUGUCUAAGCCAGUUGACCUUUGGGUAUGAUUUCUUAUUUUAGAUCAAGUGCAUGGACAGUAUUACUUUCACAUCACAGGUUAUUAAAGGAGAGGAGGUCAAAAGAGUGUGAUCAACUCUACGAGUGGUCCAGGUUUUGGAGUUUCCUCGUUCAUGGUCCCAUCAGAUACUUUAUGGUUUUGUCAUGGUCUUGUGUUUAGUGAGAAUGUUUCUAAUGAGUUGAUGGCUUAGGUUUCUGUUGUACAAUAUUUUCCUCUUACCCAACUUUGUGGGUUUAGUUUAAUCCAGAUUCUUGUUAAUGUGUUGAAUUUAAGUAUUCCUAGUUAGUGGCUUAUUUUUUAUGACAGUCUUUAUUACAUAUCUAUCUGUAAAAACACAGGAAAUUAUCUAUUUUUUACCAUUUAUGGUUUGUAUUAUCUAUUUUUGUCCACAUUAUACAAAGUUGUUGUGAAAAGAGGAUCAGAACAUAUCUUCUUAAAGUUUGUUUCUAGUAAACCAGUUAACGGGAUACAUUUACACAUUAAGGCAAUACUAAAUUAAUUUAAUUGCUGAUAAUUUCUUGAUUUAGAAACAAGUGACAUACUACUGUAGGUAAGUUAAGUUAUGUAUCAUAACCUAUCGUAAUUAUCUGAGAAUGAUAAUUUAAUUCUAGAACAUUCCAAAAAAUGAGAAAAUAAAAUUCUAUUAUUGCUUCACUCACGUGGUUUGUUAUUGGGUAUUUUUUUGGGAAGUGGUUUCUUAUUAGAUAUGUACCCUUGGCUUCAAUUGUUCAUAAGGUCCUCAUUAAGCUGCUGCUUUGCACUCAAUCACCUUGGUAGAUGCGGUGAGGACAGGUGGAGGUCUCUGCUGACAUGGAACGAUCCUGGGUUGUUAGUUUCUUUUUCUCAUUAAUUUUUUCAAGCGUAUACAUAAGAAAUCAAGCGGUGUUACUCAAGGUUCUGGGUCACGUCCGAUGUGUAUUAUGCUUUAUACCGUUUUUGGCAGUACUAUGGUAAUUCUUUAGGCUGUAUUGAAUUAUAUCCUGAUGAUGUUCUCAGUUGUAUUUUUUAAAUUCUGUCUGAUCACCUGAUAUAUUCUUAUACUAUUUCAAAACAUUAUUUUUUAUCAGAGCCCCCAAGCAGUGGUUACACCUUUCCAGAUAUUGGGUGGAGAAGCUCAGAUAGUUCAGGUCCGGAUUUUUUACGCAUUUCUGUUUCAAUAUCGUUUAAUUUCUCUGUUACACUUGUCUAAUCUACUUGUCUUUCAUUUUUUAACAGAUAAUGCUGAAGCCACAAGAGAAGGUCACAGCAAGACCUGGUAAUUUUUUUACUUGUUUGAAAACAAAAUAGGCUGCUGUUGGUGUGGUUCAUUAUGUGUUGUGAAACCUCUAACAUGCGUAGAUGGGUUUUCAUAAAGUAUCUAUUUUAUUGAUAUUUUAAUUCCUUGAAUUGGCUACUAUAUUAGCUGUGGUCAUAUUUCAUAAUCCUCUUGGUGCUCCAUGAGAGUUGAGAGAACAUUUAAACGAGAUAAUCUGGAAGAUAACGUGUUGGAAAUAUUGCCCCCUGAGAUAUGGUCCAUUAGCUUCAACUUAUUCUGAAAUAAAUUUAGUUCUUAGAGAACGAUGUCUUUCAUAUUACCUGAUGGAACUUAUGUCUCUUAUGUUAUCUCAAGUUGCUUUUAAUCUAUGAGUGCAAUGUUUUUUAGGUUCCAUGUGCUAUAUGUCUGGCUCCAUUAAAAUGGAUAACGUUUUCCUUCCUGAAAAUGAUGGCGGCGUAUGGCAGUGGCUUUUUGGCAAGAGCAUGACUAGCAUUAUUCUUUCUAACGCUGGCCCACAUGAUGGAUUUGUUGGAAUUGCAGCACCAUCUCCUGCUAGGAUAUUUCCGGUCAGUACUCAGGCUUAUGUUUACUUUCGGCCCAGUGGAUGUUUUCAGCACGAGGGACAUUGAAUUUACUGACAUUUAACCAUAGUUUUUAGGAGGUUGAUCCUUCCUUGAUAUCUAACCUUUUCUCCUUCAUUCUUUUGUAGAUUGAUCUGGCAAACUUUGGCGGAGAAAUUUUAUGCCAGGUAGCAGUACAUCCUUCAUUUCAAGUUUCGAAUCGUUUAAAGUUCCUUCGCUCAUUAUAUUACCAAGUGAAAAACUCCUGUUGUAUUCCAUGUGCCGAUGUUGGUAUCUAAUUUGAUACGUUAUUGGAGCUCCAUCCUAUUGAUAAACUGAAUUUUAAUCUGUUAUUUUACUUUUGUUUUAGAUUCUUUUUUAUAGACGUCAUCCCGACUGUAUUUUGUUGAUGUUGAUAUUUCCAGGGAAAUCCUAUUCAAUAUUUGUGGGUUUUUUGAAUGUGCAUCCUCUUAGUGUGUUCCCCCGUUUUACUUCCAUUAUUCUUACGGCUAGUAGUAUUGAAAUCAGAACAUUUUUUAAAGCAUUCUUAUGGCUUCUUUCUUAUUCAAACCUGCCUUCUGCUACAAAAAGAUGCGUUUCUCACUUUGCCCUAAUGCUUGUUGUAGCCAGACGCAUUCCUUUGCUCUCUCAAUGAGGUCACGGUUACCAACACAUUUGAUCAGAGAGCUCGCAUUGUUUUGGCUGGUGCAGAGGUGACAUAUUUAUCUUUGUUUCCUGUGAAAAUAUAUUAUUUCUUCUCUUACCUUUCCACUCAAUGAUAUAAAAUUCUCACUUUGACUCAUGAUUUCUAGGGAAUUCUAAGACAGAAAUUAGUUGGUCAAGGCCUUGCAUUCUUAACAGCUGGUGGAUCUGGUAUUCGUCCUUAUCUCACCUCUAGGGCUUUUUUUAUAUUUCAUUCAAUUCUAUAGUCUAUAUAAAUUGAGAAUGUGAGCUGGAUUAAGAUGAAUGUUAGAAUUCAACAUUUCUACGAGAAUAUUGCCAAAAUUGAUCCUCCAGAUUCCUUACGAACCCAACAUGCUCAUGCUGAUGGGAAAUAUUUUUUGGUCGGUAAAUUGGAUUGUGAGUCUUUUAGUAAUUUUCUUUUUCUUAUUGUUUUCAUGUAGUAAUUACCAAAGUCAUGAUAAAUAAUUCACUUAUUGUACAGGUCUGUUGUUGGGCAUCAUGCGUUGUUUCUUUAAGAUGGUCCACAUUUCAUGACUAUAUGAUUGUUUUCAGGGUCUGACAAGUGUUGGAGUGCUAGAUUUGGCAACACAUCUAAAACUCUUAGCAAAUUGAUUCACUGAUGUUUGAAAUAAAUUCAUCAGCUGCCACUGCCCGGAUUGUACACAAAGUUAUUAGGAAGCUAUGUACACAUCAUUCAAUAUUUUCUUGAAGAUCAAUAUACACAACUGAAAUGUGAUGUUCCAUUAAUGUGAAGAUUAUUUGCCAGAUUUGAUUUAGGGCAGAAAUUUUUAUUUCAAAUCUUUCAGGGUUUGGCUUGAAAAAGUAUGAAGGUGAUCCUUUCUGUGUUCAAGUUUCCCUUUCCUACUACAAUAUCAUCCUUUGAUUAUGGGCCAACUUUGUUGCAUAUGAUUGGUCUUACAAUGUGAAGAAUGAGAGCAGACGUUAGUGACUAUAAUCAUAUAACUUAUUUUAGGGCAAUGUUUGUUAUUUCGAAGUAUUCAGUUUAUUGCUUGAAAUUAUGCGAAGCUUUUAUUGUAUUUUAAAGAUUCCAUUUCAAAAAAAAAUUAGAGUGGAUAAUAUCACAAAUUCAUCUGGAACGAAAACCAGAUGAGUCACCAUAUUACAUGGCCCCUUUGAAACGUUCAGGGUUUUUCCCAACCUAGGCCAGAUUUCCUCCAUAAUUACUGGAAGCUGCCAACAGCUAAAGACUGCUGCAGUGGGGAGCCUCUGACCUGAGAAGGAAUAUCAAAAAAUAAUUGAUGUCUCCUUCUCACAAAUAUUUCAAGUAUUGCCUAUGUUUUCCAAAUGUCAAGCUAGGCGACCAUAUGUAGGGAGACAUCUGCAUGAAAUUCUCGAUAUUAAGAUCGUCAGUGUUAAAGGGGAUAAAACCCGAAAUCUGAUGUGCCAUCUUUUGCCUUUUUCUUCUCUGUUCGAUAAUAAGAAAUGUUGAUCAAGCAGUAAAGAAGCUUCGUGUCUCCCAUUUCUACAAGUACAAUCUCAACUUUUUGAUCUUAUAAUCUAUAAGAUUUCAUCUGAGGCUUAGAUACUAGUGUCUACUAACCCCAGAAAGACCAGAAGAGCCUCAUCUACUGGAAUGCCCAGGUCUACAGUUAACCUGACAAGUGCCUGAAGCUUUUCAUGAAGAAGAACAUGUCCACACCAUUGGUCCUCUCAAAAUAAUACCACUGCUUACUGCAUCUGGGUUGAUGCAAACCAUACAAAGAUAAACAGUCAGGAAAAUUCUCUUCUGCUACUCAAAUCAUAGAACAAUUGCUAGUUAUAUUUAGUUACCCUGGUGACAAAAAAGGAAACUACUUAGGUUAAGGGAACUGACGAACGAAAACUGGCAAACCAGGGAACUGAAAAACUAGGAAACUGGCCAACAGAAAUUAACUCAUAAUUACGCAUUUUUCCUUCAUGGGUCCUCACAUUUAUGACACAGGGUAUCAGAGGCUCCUUGUGUUUUUCCCUUCAGGUGUGCUUUUUGUCAGAGGAUUUGAGCGAUCUUCAGUUGUAGCUUGAAUCUAUUUGGGGAUUCCAUCUGAUCAGAUCAAUACCGUCAAUUCAGGUAUCUGGCAUGAUCUAAUUGACCAUAUACGUUCUAGAGAGCUCCUAAACAUUAAACCUAGAUCCAAACACCAAUAAGGGGAACCAUUGUCAUGGGCGAAGGAACCAUUAACUUGAUAAUACUAGAUAGAAAAGGAAACGAACAUUUAAUUUAUACUGGGUUAGCUUGCUGUUAUAUAUAUUACUAGCAUUUAUAGCCUAGAACAUAAUUAUUUUUUUAUUUGCCAGUUUUUCCAUUCAAGGACCUUCAAAAUUUUCAAGAACUGGUGACUUAAACCUUAUUGGCUCUGUGAACGUAGAACAUGGAAUGCGCUUACUUUAAUUGGCAUCAGAUUGAGUUAGCUCCAUGGGAUGACCUCCUAAAACCUUGCCUGCAGUUGUUCAGAAGACCCUUGAGGCUGGGGAAGUGCUGGUUGUUGAUGCUGCUUCCAUAGUUGCCAUGACAAGCGCAAUUGAUUUACAGCUCAAAAACACCAACCCCUUGAGGAGAGUCGUCUUUGGGGUCAGUUGAACAAUCAUCUUCCCGUUUUUAGUCAAAAACGAAUAACUGCUGAAAUUGUCCUCGUUUAAUCUGAAAGGCUACCAGGAAUCCUUCAAUUGAGUGAAUCACGCUCCAUGUCCGUCAUUUUUUUUCUUUAAUUUUAUUGCCAUGCUUGUUUCAACAGGGUGAUAACCAGAUGGCAGCUACUCUCACUGGACCCGGUAUUGUGUUCAUCCAGAGCUUACCCUUCUAUCGCCUCUCUCAGCGUGUAGCAAGGCAGGUUUCUCUGUGUCUCGUCCUUAAUCUUCUUGCAUAUAUCAUCUUUCUGAUCAUGUUCUCUUUUUUUUUCCCCCUUUUUCUGGCUUCUGAUCAGAUCGGUGACUUCUCCAAGCAUGAGGGAGAACCCAAAAUUCUUAAUCCAAGUAGCAAUCUUCUUCUUCGUUGCAUAUGUCAUGAUCGUCUCAUCUUUGAUACUGACUGAAGCCUGA